AUGAACGGCAGCGGCGGCGGUGGCGGUGCCCUCGGCUACCCCACCACGGAGAAGGGCGCGCGGAAGCCCAAGUGCGCCCGCUGCAGGAACCACGGUAUGAUCAGCUGGCUCAAGGGACACAAACGCCAUUGCAAGUUCAAGGAUUGCACGUGUGCGCGAUGCAACCUCAUCGCCGAGCGCCAGAGAGUGAUGGCAGCGCAGGUGGCCCUCAAGAGACAGCAAGCAGCCGAAGACGCCAUCGCCCUCACCCUCCGCGUCGCCGCCACCGGCACGACCUGCCCCUUCCUCCCUCAGGGCCCCAUCUACGGCCUCCCCGUCACUGAGCCACACAUCAAGGGUCGUGAGUAUGUCUACUUAGUAUCUAUUAACUCGUACGCUGUCAGGUCACACUUGAACUACUUAGUGUCAACUGUCGACCUCAAGCAAGGGUCGAGUGGUGGCGUCGACGCUGACGGCGAGGUGGAAGGCGCCCUGGCGGAGGACGACUGCAGCAGCGACGUGAGCGUGUCGUCGCCCGGGCUCGUCGCGUCGCCCGCCAUGUCGCCCACCUCUACCUCAGGCUCCACGCUGCCCGACGACGAAGGGGCCACCGCCGCCGCUGCCGCCGCCGCCGCAGCCGCCGCUGCCGCCGUCUCCCGCACGCCGCCUAGCCUACCCGUCCACACCUCCGCCCACGUCACCGCCCACGUAACGUCGCACGUCACCACGCACGUCGCCAGCCACGUCACGGGCUCGCACAUCUCGCACCUGGCGGCGUCCACAAAGGCGCCGCAGGAGCCCUCCGCCGCGGAGGUCCCUGCCACGCCCGCCGUGCCACAGCAGGCCGCCAGCGCCGGCCCGGGCGUCGACAGCCAAAGGCCCGCCGAGGGCCGCGCGGAGCCGCCCGCGAGUCGCGAAGCCACGACGUCCAUGGAGUGCGAGAGCACGGCGGAGAUGCGCAAGGAGGACGCGGCCGGCGGCCUGGACGGCGUGGACAUCCUCAUGAGGAUCUUCCCCGGCGAGCGGCGCGGCGUCCUCGAGCUGGUCCUGGCGGGCUGCGGCGGCGACCUCCUGCGGGCGAUCGAGCACUUCCUGUCCGUGGGCGAGGUGAUGCGCCGCCCGUCCCCGGGGGUCGGCCUGCCUCGCGCCCUCCACGACCCGCCCAUGCAGCCCAUGUCUCCGCCCAAGCCGAGCCUCGGCAGCGCCAAGUCGGCCUUCACGCCGCUCUCGAGCGCCAGCCUGCCUCCGCCGGCGCACCAGAGCUCGUACCUCGGGCCGGGCGUCCCCCGCGCCUCGCUCUACGGCGACACACGCUUCGCCCCCCCUCUCCUGCCCAUCUCGUACCCGCCUCUGCUGCCCCCGCUGCUGCCCUGCCUUCCCCCCCUCCCCCUCCACCGCCACUACCCCCACGACUCGUCGCCCGACCCCGCCGAGCUCCCGGACCCCAUCCGAGGCCGCGACCCCGUCGCCGACUACAGCGUCCGCCACGACCUGCUGGUCCGCCCCGACCUCCGCCUCAACCUCGACCUCCGACCUGACCUCCGGCUGCGCUCACCCGCCGCCGAGGACAGCGCCUGA